GGGAGGCCGUGCCCAGGGGAGGAGGUGGCGUUCCGUUAGUGACUUUGGGCUCUGGCGGCGGUGGCGGUGCUUUCUCUUUUGCUCACGGGCGGCCGCUCAGGCUGGAGGCCAGCCAGCUCUUGCCGCCACCUCCGUCGCGAUGGGGGCGCAGGACCGGCCGCAGUGCCACUUCGACAUCGAGAUCAACCGAGAGCCGGUUGGUCGCAUUAUGUUUCAGCUCUUCUCAGACAUAUGUCCAAAAACAUGCAAAAACUUCCUUUGCCUAUGCUCAGGAGAGAAAGGCCUUGGGAAAACAACUGGGAAAAAGCUAUGUUAUAAAGGUUCUACAUUCCAUCGUGUGGUUAAAAACUUUAUGAUUCAGGGUGGGGACUUCAGUGAAGGUAAUGGAAAAGGUGGAGAAUCAAUUUAUGGUGGAUAUUUUAAAGAUGAAAACUUUAUUCUCAAACAUGACAGAGCGUUCCUUUUGUCAAUGGCAAAUCGGGGGAAACAUACCAAUGGUUCCCAGUUUUUCAUUACCACAAAACCUGCUCCGCACCUGGAUGGGGUGCAUGUUGUCUUUGGACUGGUUAUUUCUGGUUUUGAAGUAAUCGAACAAAUUGAAAAUCUAAAAACUGAUGCUGCAAGCAGACCUUAUGCAGAUGUGCGAGUUAUUGACUGUGGGGUACUUGCCACAAAAUCGACAAAAGAUGUUUUUGAGAAGAAAAGGAAGAAACCAACUCAUUCAGAAGACUCGGAUUCCUCUUCCAAUUCCUCUUCCUCUUCAGAAUCAUCUUCAGAAAGUGAAAUUGAACAUGAGAGAAGCAAAAGAAGGAAACACAAAAGGAGGCCAAAAGUUAAACGUUCUAAAAAGAGACGAAAGGAAGCAAGCAGUUCAGAAGAGCCAAGGAAUAAACAUGUAAUGAGCCCAAAAGGUCACUCUGAGAGAAGUGAUACCAAUGAAAAAAGGUUGGCCGAUUCAAAUGCUAAAAGGGAAAAACCUGUGGUGCGCCCAGAAGAAAUUCCUCCAGUGCCAGAGAACCGAUUUUUACUGAGAAGAGAUAUGCCUGUUGUCACUGUGGAACCUGAACCGAAGAUUCCUGAUGUUACACCCAUCGUAAGUGAUCAGAAACCAUCUGUAUCAAAGUCUGGACGGAAGAUUAAAGGCAGAGGCACAAUUCGCUAUCAUACACCUCCAAGAUCAAGAUCCUGUUCUGAGUCAGAUGAUGAUGACAGCAGUGAAACUCCUCCUCACUGGAAAGAGGAAAUGCAGAGAUUAAGAGCAUACAGACCACCAAGUGGAGAAAAAUGGAGUAAAGGAGAUAAGUUAAGUGACCCCUGUUCAAGCCGAUGGGAUGAAAGAAGCUUGUCCCAGAGAUCCAGAUCAUGGUCCUAUAAUGGAUAUUAUUCAGACCUUAGUACAGCAAGACACUCUGAUAGUCAUCAUAAGAAACGCAGAAAAGAGAAAAAGGUUAAGCAUAAAAAGAAAGGUAAAAAGCAGAAACAUUGCAGACGACACAAACAGACUAAGAAGAGAAGGGUUGUUAUACCCUCUGACAUAGAAUCCUCAAAAUCUUCCACUCGACGAAUGAAAUCCUCUUGUGAUAGAGAAAGGAGAUCUCGUUCAUCCUCAUUAUCAUCUCAUCACUCAUCAAAGAGGGACUGGUCUAAAUCUGAUAAAGAUGUUCACAGCUCUUCAACCCAUUCCAGCAGAUACUCAUACAGAUCGAAAUCUCACUCACGGUCUUAUUCUAGAGGAAGCUCAAGAUCAAGGACUGCAUCAAAAUCCUCAUCACGUUCUCGAAGUAGAUCGAAGUCCAGAUCUAGUUCCAAGUCCGAGCACCAAAGGACAACAUCAAAAUCACCAAGAAGAAUAGCUUCUCAGUUAAGUGAAAGUAAACCAAUUAAAACAGAACCUUUAAGAGCAACAGUGCCACAAAAUGAAAAUGUAGUAGUACAACCAGUGGUAGCGGAAAAUAUUCCUGUAAUACCAUUAAGCGACAGUCCCCCACCUUCAAGAUGGAAGCCUGGACAGAAACCCUGGAAGCCCUCUUAUGAGCGAAUUCAGGAAAUGAAAGCUAAAACAACCCAUUUGCUACCCAUCCAAAGCACUUAUAGUUUAGCAAAUGUUAAAGAGACUGAUAGUACAUCAUCCUACCACAAAAGAGGAAAAAAUUCAGAAAGUGAUCGGAGUGCUUAUUCAAGAUACAGUGAUAGAAGUUCAGAAAGUUCAGGAAGGUCAAGGAGCAGGUCUUCUAGGAGUAGGUCUUACUCCAGAUCAUACACAAGGUCACGUAGUCUAGCUAGUUCACAUUCAAGGUCUAGGUCUCCAUCAUCUAGAUCUCAUUCACGAAAUAAAUACAGUGAUCAUUCACAGUGUAGCAGAUCAUCUUCAUACACUUCUGUUAGCAGUGAUGAUGGAAGACGAGCCAAGAGGAAACUUAGAUCCAGUGGGAAAAGAAAUAGCACUUCAAAUAAAAGGCACAGCAGCAGCUCUGAAAAGACACUUCGCAAUAAAUACGUCAAAGGCAGAGACAGGUCUUCCCAUCAGAGAAAGUAUAGUGAAAGCAGGUCGUCUUUAGAUUAUUCUUCAGACAGUGAACAGUCCAGUGUUCAGAUUACACAGUCAGCCCAGGAAAAAGAGAAGCAGGGCCAAAUGGAAAUAACAACUAAUAAACAAGAAAAAAACAGAGAUGAAGAGAAAUCCAAGCCUGAACGGGAAUGCCCUCAUUCAAGAAAAAGAACUUUGAAAGAGAAUCUUUCUGAUCACUUUCGAAAUGGCAGUAAGCCCAAAAGGAAGAAUUAUGCUGGGAGUAAAUGGGAUUCUGAGUCAAAUUCAGAACGAGAUGUACCUAAAAACAGUAAAAAUGAUUCCCGGCCAUCUUCUGAUAAGGAGGAAGGUGAGGCCACAUCAGAUUCUGAAUCAGAGGUCAGUGAAAUUCACAUCAAAGCCAAACCUACAACAAAAUCGUCAGCAAAUACUUCACUGCCUGGUGAUAGUGGCACUUGGAAAUCAAGCAAACAGCGGUCAUCAACUUCUGAUUCCGAGGGGUCCUAUUCCAAUUCAGAGAACAAUAGAGGAAAGCCACAGAAGCACAAACAUGGGUCCAAGGAAAAUCUUAAAAGGGAACACACCAAGAAAGUGAAAGAGAAAUUGAAAGGGAAAAAAGACAAAAAGCACAAGGCUCCAAAACGAAAACAAGCAUUUCACUGGCAGCCUCCACUAGAAUUUGGUGAAGAGGAAGAGGAGGAGAUUGAUGAAAAGCAAGUUACUCAGGAGUCAAAAGAGAAAAAAGUUUCUGAAAACAGUGAGACCAUAAAAGAUAAUAUUCCAAAAACCAAGAAAUCCUCUGAAGAGGGCAACCUUUCAGGUAAACAUAAUACAGUGACUGUUUCAUCAGAUCUUGAUCAGCUUACUAAAGAUGAAAGUAAACUCAGCAUUUCUCCCACAGCUUUAAAUACUCAGGAAAAUGUAGCAAAUUCUCCUCAGAGCAUUCAGCAUAUCGAAGAAAGUGUCCCCAGUGGAGUGCAGGAUGUACUUCAAACAGAUGACAACAUGGAAAUUUGCACUCCUGAUAGGAGUUCCCCACCAAAGGUAGAGGGGGCUUCCCCUCUAGGAAAUUCACAGCCUGACACCCAGGAUAGAAGUGUUGUUCAGAAGCAGGAUGUGCAAAGGGAAAAUCCUGAAACAGAGGUAGUAAAACAGGAAAGCAGCGUGUCUGAAAGCAAAGCACUGGGUGAAGUAGAAAAACAGGAGAGCAGCUCUGCCAGCUUUGCCAGUGCCGGAGAAAGUACUGAGAAGAAGGAGGUGGCUGAGAAGAGCCAGGUCAACCCCACGGAUAAGAAAUGGAAGCCCCUCCAAGGUGUGGGGAACCUAGCAGCACCUACUGCUAUCACCUCCAGUGCUGCGGAAGUUAAGGCGUUGACCACUGUGCCUGAAAUAAAACCACAAGGCUUGAGAAUAGAAAUUAAAAGCAAGAAUAAAGUUCGGCCUGGGUCUCUCUUUGAUGAAGUAAGAAAGACAGCACGCUUAAACCGGAGACCAAGAAAUCAGGAGAGUUCAAGUGAUGAGCAGACGCCUAGUCGGGAUGGUGAUAGCCAGUCCAGGAGUCCAAGCAGAUCUCGAAGUCAGUCGGAAACCAAGUCAAGACACAGAACAAGGUCUGUCUCCUAUAGUCACUCAAGAAGUCGGUCAAGAAGUUCCACAUCUUCUUAUCGUUCAAGAAGCUACUCUAGAAGUCGGAGCAGAGGCUGGUACAGCAGAGGCCGAAGUAGAAGCCGGAGCAGUUCCUACCGCAGUUACAAAAGUCACAGGACAUCCAGCAGGAGCAGAUCCAGGAGCAGCUCAUAUGAUCCCCACAGUCGGUCCAGCAGGUCCUACACUUACGACAGCUAUUAUAGCAGGAGUCGGAGUCCAAGUAGAAGCCAGAGGAGUGACAGUUACCACCGAGGCAGAAGUUACAAUCGGCGGAGCAGGAGUUGUAGAUCUUAUGGCUCUGACAGUGAAAGUGACCGAAGUUACUCUCAUCACCGGAGCCCCAGUGAGAGCAGCAGAUAUAGUUGAAAACGUUCUUUUUUGAUAACAAAUUAUAUCUUGUUUGUAAAUAUCUGGUAACUUAAAAAUUUAAGAAACUUAAUGGCAAUCUGUUGUUCUAUUUCAAUAUUAGAGAUGACUUUCAAAGAUAGAUACUUCUUAAUAACCACUCAUUCAUUUACAUGUACGCAGAAGAAUUUAGAAUACAGACAUGUCUCCUAAAAAUAUUUUAUGCCACAUUUUACAGUAGGCAACUAUGGAAAUGAAUUUCAUUUUCUUGAAUCAAGAAAUCGUGAAAUUUAUCUAAGUAUAAUUUGCAAUAUUAUUUUAAGACUAUUUCUCUCCAUUUCAUGUAUUCCUUAGAAUACAGAUUCCUUUUGCCUGUCUUUCCGGUUUUAGCAUAUAUGCUGCCAAGCAUAGAACUGUGAAGGAGAACUGUUAAAGGCGGCCAAAUAUUUAUAUACCGAUUACGGAGAGUCUUGUACAUAUGUGCUCUUUGAAAAACAAACCACCCAGAACUGAUACUGUUGGUAGCCAGGAGUAUAAGGCAGUGGCUCUGGAGUUCUUUAUUCAUUCCUUCUUUGCUGUUUCAGAGGAUCAGGAAAAGUGGUCAUCAUACAGCCCACAGAGUCUAUAUUAUUGUGGGCAAGGUUAAGAAGAAAAAUCAGCCUUAAUUAUAGAUACUUUCAGUGUCUACAAGAACUUAAUAUUUUAUGUUCUUUUUAAUAAAUAGUAUCGGAAGUUUAAAUUGUAAAAAACAAUUCUAUUCCAGUUCAUGCUUUGGUGCUUGGUACUUCUUGGUGCCUCUUUAAGCAUUGUUCUUAUACACCAUACAUUAGAAUACCAGAAAAGAAAGAAUUUUUUUUAAAUCACUAGCACCAAAAGUGGUUUCUUUUGAGCUGUCUUCACUUUGAAUAUUUAGGGGGCUUCUCUCAAGAAAACAUAGGGGUUGGGGGGGAGUCCCCUGCAGCAGGCAGGAUUGGCAACAGGAGGCGUGUGGCCACCCAUGCCUGCUGUAUUUGUGUGCCUCUGGAAGAGUGAAUUGAAGAAUGGACUUAAAAAGUAACACCAAAAUCUAACUGCCACCAUCCUGGAGAUGCCUUGCAGGGCUUUACUUUUAAGUCUCUCAAGUAAGGGGAUAGACUACAACAGCAGCUGAAGGAUUCUAGCCAGCAUGUUUUCCUGUUUCUGCUGUGACCGACACUGAUUGAAUGAAGCCUUGCAUGACCUGAGUAAACCUAGGAUAAGAGACAGGGGACGAGGGGUCGAGGGUACUGCAUAAAUUACACAUUUUCAUGGCUUUGGGUGGUUCCUCCAAAAAUAGUUUGACCUGUAAAAACUAGUUUGAUUUUUUUAAUCUUUACUUUGAGUUUUUGCCCCAAGUGUACUUAAUCACCUUAGUGCCAGAUUAAUCCAGUUAUGCAGGGGAAAUUCAUAUUGGAUGUUUGAUGUAGAACUCUGCAUCGUCCUACCCCAGGCCACGCCUGGUGUAUUUGGGAAGCGGGAAAGAGCCCUCAGUUGGAGGGAUCUGACAACCCUUAAUGGAUGGAGAGGUGACCUUGGAUGUAUUAAAACUAUCACCCAUAGAAGGUAUGAAAACAGGGUUAGGUGGUCAGUUGUUUGCCAAGUCAUUAGACAAAAGUACAUUAGAAAACGGGACUUAAACAAACAGUACUUGAUAGUGAACAUAAAACAAUAUGUGAUUCAUAUUUAGGGUUUUCAAAAGUUGCCUGCAAAGGAGAUUAAUACUACUCAGCGGGGAAAAAAUGCAUUCAGAACCCAAACAGAAACUGCCAAAACUAAUUAUGUUAAGAAAAGUUACUCUUGGGCAGUGUAUUAGUUUUCUAUUGUGGUGUGACAAAUUACCCCAAAUUUAGCAGCUUAAAACAACACCCAUUUAUUAGCUCACAGUUCUGUAGCUCAUGGGUCCAGCAUGGUAUAGCUGGAUUCUCUGCUCAGGGUCUCACAAGGCUGGAAGCGAGGAUUGGGAGGGCAGCAUUCCUUGAUGGAGGCUCUGGGGAAGAAUCUGCCUCCAGGUUUAUUCAGGUUGUGGACAGAAUUCAGUUCCUUGCUAGCUGUCAGCCAGAGGCCUAUCUCUCUCCCAGAUCCUUCAGGUUGCCCACAUUCCUCCUGGUGUGGUCCCCUCCAUAUUCAAGCCAGCAAUGACCCUUCAAGUCUUGCUCUUUCUCAUGCUUCAGAUCUCUCUGCCUUCUUCCUGUGUUUUACGGGUCCGUAUGAUUAGAUCAAGCCCACAGAGAUAAUCUAUUUUAAGGUCAAUUGUGCCAUAGAACUUAACAUAAUUUCAGGAGUGGUAUCUCAUCUCAUCAUAUUCAUGGGUUCUGGGGAUUAGCCUAUGAAAGGGGGAAGGGCAUUUCGAAUUCUGCCUACCACAGGCAAUAACUUUGCCCAUCUCAGCUGUGGGUAGAAUUUUAUCCUAAAAAGAUAGGCCCUAGAAGCCUCAUUUCUUUUCUCCGUGGAAAAGGACAGCCCUCUGCUGCAGUGUUCAACUUGUGUGUUUACUGAAGUGAACUACAGAAAUAGCUUUUCUUCCUAAAGGGGAUUGUUCUGUAUUUUGAAGUUAUUUUUUAAUAAAAUUGAAUUAAGUUGUGUAUUGUGCUUCUUAAUAGAAAAUGCAUUAUUGGACUGUUUUUGUAACGUCCUGUUUAUUGCAAAUAGCUAGUAUUGUUCAAAAACUGUAGAAAAUACUUUUGUACAUAUUAGCAAUGUCUAAUUUGUAUACACUUCAAUUAAGUUUCCCUAAAACUUGAAAGGGGACCUUGUAGAAAUUAAAAUAUAUACUUAGUCUAA